AUAGAUGAAAGGGUGGCAGAAAUGCAGAUUUGAUACCAAACAAGCCCUGCUCCCUUGCUAUACGCACAGCACUGAGCUGGCAUAACGGUACAACUUCACUCCGGUUUCGUUCCCUGCUGAGAUGUGUCCCGAAAUCCGUCUAUUCAAGUGAAUUCGUAAACAUAGGCAUCCCGUUCGCAAAAUUAACUUGCAUUACCACUCCUGACACAAAUCGCGGCACGAUGCUGGGACCUGCCAAGGAUGGGACAUCGCUCGUAUUUCUAGUACUCCACGCGUUUGCUGUUUUAGCGCGAGCCGCAGACGAAGGGAUUAUUACGGAGCAUUUCUUGGUUCAGUUGCAGGGGGGGUUAGAAGAUGAAGCCCACCAACUUGCCGCGGAACACGGGUUCGACGGUGCACGAAAGGUGUCCUUCGGUGAGGGUCUGUACCACUUCUACCCACGGGACACAGCCCAGGUCAGGAGACGACGUAGCCUCCUGCUCCAGCAUCAGCUGGAGAAGGACCACAGGGUGAUGAAAGUGUUUCCACAGAAGGGAUUUGGCCGGACGAAGCGAGGGUAUAGAGACAUCAAUAACAUCGAUGUCAACAUAAAUGACCCCUUGUUCACAAAGCAGUGGUAUCUGAUAAACACAGGCCAGGCGGAUGGCACCCCGGGAUUAGAUCUCAAUGUGGCGGAAGCCUGGCAGCUGGGAUACACCGGGAAAGGAGUCACCAUCGGCAUCAUGGACGACGGUAUUGACUACUUGCACCCAGAUCUUGCCUUGAAUUAUAAUGCCGAGGCCAGUUAUGACUUUAGCAGCAACGACCCCUACCCUUACCCCCGCUACACGGAUGACUGGUUUAACAGCCAUGGAACCAGGUGUGCUGGUGAGGUCUCCGCAGCAGCCAACAACAACAUCUGUGGCGUGGGCGUGGCUUACAACUCCAAGGUCGCAGGCAUCCGGAUGCUGGACCAGCCGUUCAUGACUGACAUCAUUGAGGCAUCAUCCAUUAGCCACAUGCCUCAGGUUAUUGACAUCUACAGCGCCAGCUGGGGCCCCACCGACGACGGCAAGACUGUGGACGGCCCCCGCGAGCUGACCCUCCAGGCCAUGGCAGAUGGCGUCAACAAGGGCCGCGGGGGAAAGGGCAGCAUCUUCGUCUGGGCGUCUGGUGACGGCGGUAGCUAUGACGACUGCAACUGUGAUGGCUACGCCUCCAGCAUGUGGACCAUCUCCAUCAACUCGGCCAUCAACGACGGGCGCACGGCUCUCUACGACGAAAGCUGCUCCUCUACUCUAGCAUCCACAUUCAGCAACGGCAGGAAGAGGAACCCAGAGGCGGGAGUGGCCACGACGGAUCUCUACGGGAACUGCACGCUCCGUCACUCGGGGACCUCAGCCGCGGCUCCUGAAGCUGCCGGCGUCUUCGCCCUGGCUCUGGAGGCCAACCCUGCUCUGACGUGGAGGGACCUGCAGCACUUGACGGUGCUCACUUCCAAGCGGAACCAGCUGCACGACGAAGUGCACCAGUGGCGUCGCAACGGCGUGGGCCUGGAGUUCAACCACCUCUUUGGCUACGGCGUGCUGGAUGCAGGCGGUAUGGUCAAGAUGGCCCAGGAGUGGAGGACAGUGCCAGAGCGCUUUCACUGUGUAGCCGGAUCUGUGCAGGAGACACACUCGUUCCACUCCAGCAGCAAGCUCCUGUUGGCCAUCGACACCGACGCCUGCCAGGGGAAGGACAACUUCGUCCGCUACCUGGAGCACGUGCAGGCCGUGGUGACGGUGAACGCCAGCAGGCGUGGUGACCUCAACAUCAACAUGACCUCGCCCAUGGGCACCAAGUCCAUCCUGCUGAGCCGGAGGCCCCGCGACGACGACACCAAGGUGGGCUUCGACAAGUGGCCCUUCAUGACUACCCACACCUGGGGUGAGGACCCCCGGGGGACCUGGCUGCUGGAGGUAGGCUUCCAGGGUGAGGUACCUCAAAGGGGCGUCCUGAAGGAGUGGACUCUGAUGCUGCAUGGGACGCAGAGCGCGCCCUACAUCGAUCAGAUCGUCCGCGACUACCAGUCCAAACUGGCCAUGUCCAAAAAGGAGGAGCUAGAGGAAGAACUGGACGAGGCAGUGGAGAAGAGCCUUAAAAGCCUGCUGAGUAAAAACUAACCAUUUGCAUGUUGCCCCGCCCCUUCUCUUCCUGUCCAAUCACAAUCCAGCCCCGCCUCUACAAAACCCCACCCACUCUAAUCCCGCCCCUGAAACCUGCAACUUUGAGCUCUUUUCUGUGUUAAUUAGCUCUCCUUCCAUGAAUGUUUCCUGUAACCAGAUUAAAACAAUGUGUCAUUUCCAAACGAUCUGUUAUAAAGGGAGAAAAUACUUCUGUUUUCUGUUUUUUUUUUUACACUUUGCCUUAUAUAUAUGUAGAAUAUAUAUACUAUAUUAUGUUGUAUGUAUUAGCUACCCUGGUUCUUCUGAAAUGAAGUCCCCACUGUACAGUUUGUGACUGUAAAUGAUUUUCUGUGUUAUUCGACUUAAAGUUUAAUAUCUUGCAAACAGAGCAGUUUCUUUCCAUUAUAUUUUUGUGACAAAUGUUGUUUAUAUAAAAAAAAAUGGAAAGGAAUGUGUCAUCAAUUUUGCCGCCUGUGGUCUCCGAGAGUAUUUUAGAAUAUUUAUUUCCUUCUACGUUAUAAAAUAAUAAAUGUACUGAGUUAUUUUUUUUUUUUGCUACAGCACUUUAAUUGAAACAGGCUUGACAUCACAUUCUUAGUUAGCAAACUAUUUAGAUUCCUAAUUUCAUUUUUGGUAGAAGCACCAGACCAGUAACUCUGGGGAUUGAUUAUUUACCUUAAAAAUUAUUUUUUUAUUGUUGACAUUUUUCAGACUCACAAAUACUUAACUGGUCAUUUGUUGUUCUACAUACAGAGCUGGCUACACUUCUUACUUAGAGAUGGCCUGUAUUUGUUUAUUCCGCACCCGAUUGGUACAGACCGGCUGUGGGUCACACCCACCACUGUGACCCGAGUCCUGAUUGGCUGCGCUCGUCUAUCCUGCUGUCUCUGUCCAGUACUGGCUACUUUUUGUCUCCUGUAAAGAUCCCUUCACUUACUAUCGAGCAAAUAAGAUCCCCCUACAGCAGGAAGUAAAGGAAAGAUCCACCAGUAUUUCAUUGCUAACAAUGUUUGAAGCAUAUGAAAUACAGACUCGGGGAAAAAAAAACAUCACCGUCUUAGUUUUUUACAGCAUCUCCACAGACGGUAUUUUUGAAACAGGUAUUUGUGAGUUUUUUUCCUACAUCCUCUGACAACAGCCAGAAGAUCGAACAUCUGAGUCUGCGAUUCAUGCGUGGACGUCUGAUUUCAAAAAUGUGGCCUACAUCCAUUCAGAUCCAGGAAUUCUCCACAGCACUGAUGAAUAAUGCAUCUUAGCACCUAUGAAAAUCACUUUGUGUGGAAAAAAAAAUAUUUUUCUUGUUUUUAUGUGUGUCUUUUAUCAUUAUGUAAUGCAAAAUGUUUAACAUUAAAGAGGCGUUAGAACUAAUCUAUAGAAGAGAGAAUUCCCAAACAAUCCACAUGUAAAUGAAAUGACAAAUACAACAUAUAUACUGAUGAGCUUAUUUUUACGCUUUAGCGUUGGGUAGAAAAGAACCAGGCAUUUUCUGAGGGAUGAUUGUUUUAUUAGGAAUUCAAUUAGCGUACAUAUGUUUAGACAGGGCAAUAGCUGGCAGCCAAUUGAAGUGAUAUUAAAAAUUAUAUAUGCAAAGUCAA